AUGGCUUCUCACCAGGUAAAUGACGCAGAGAGAGGCAUUGCCGACAUCAUUCACUCCCGGUCUCCGACAGCCUCUGCUUCACCAUGGGCCCUACCCUCUCUCCCAGUUAAAGCUAGUGAUUACCUCGCUAAGCCAAAGGCCCCUGCCCGACCAACGAGAAGGGCCAACCUCUGGAUAAGUUGGCAACUGUGGUUUAAUACGUAUCGGAAAUUCUAUACCUUCGUCGUCUCUAUGAAUAUCACAGGACUAAUUCUCGCAGCUACCAGUACGUGGAAGUAUCCUCGCGAUUAUACAGGCGCUUUCAUUCUAGGAAACCUCCUCAUCGCUAUUCUAAUGCGGAAUGAACUGUUUGGGCGACUUCUAUACCUCAUUAUUACUACAUUGUUUGCAAAGUGGCCUCCUCUAUGGUUCCGCCUGGGCUGCACAUCAGUACUACAACACCUAGGUGGUAUCCACUCGGGAUGUGCUACGUCUGGAUUUAUGUGGUUGAUAUUUAGAGUGAUUCUCAUUUUCAUCGACCAUAAGGACAAUCAUGACGUAGUCUUGAUUAUGGGAGUUAUAACAAAUCUAGCUGUUGCGGUGUCUAUUCUUUCUGCUUUCCCGUGGGUUCGGAAUACUUAUCAUAACGUCUUUGAACGGCACCACCGAUUUGUCGGAUGGCUCGGCUUGUUAUGUACCUGGGCGUUCGUCGUACUUGGUGACAGCUACGACGUUACAACACACUCUUGGAAACCAGACGGCAUUCAUAUUAUUAGACAACAACAAUUUUGGUUCGCAUUUGGGAUGACCGUGUUCAUCAUAAUACCUUGGCUGACUGUCAGGGAAGUUAGGGUAGAUGUUGAAAUUCCCUCGCCGAAGGUGGUUGUUCUACGAUUUGAGCGUGGAAUGCAACAGGGAUUGCUCGCCAGGAUUUCGAGAGCGUCCAUCAUGGAGUAUCAUGCAUUUGGAAUUAUUUCGGAAGGGGUACACUCGAAAGAACAUUUCUUGAUCUGUGGUGUCCAAGGUGACUUUACUCGCGAGUUAGUCCAGAAUCCUCCUACUACUGUUUGGACAAGGCAACUGAAAUUUGCCGGCGUGUCGAACACCUCCACGUUGUACAAGCGCGGAAUACGCAUUUGUACUGGAACAGGUCUAGGUGCCGCAUUAUCCACGUGUAUACAGGUGAGUUUGCUAUGGUAUUUAAUUUGGAUCGGUUCUGAUCAAGAGAAGACGUUCGGUCCCACUAUCUCAGGUCUCAUCCAUAAACAUCUGGGUCCUGGGCGAUCGAUCUUGUGGGACUCAAAGGAACGUGGUGGCCGACCAGAUGUCAUGAAGUUGAUCAAGGAAGCCUACAUAUCGUGGGAUGCUGAGGUGGUUUUCAUCACAUCAAACCGGUCUGGAAACAAGGAAAUGAUGGAAGGCUGCAAGGCCGCGAGCAUCCCUGCUUUUGGUACCCUCUGGGAUUUCUAG